CCGUCCGUCAGCCACCAUUCCUCUUCCUCCCCUUCUCGUCUCCUCCCCUCCCCUCCCCUCCCCUCCCUGCUGCGCCGCCGCCUGGCCAAAUUGCGCCGCCAAUUUGUCGCGUUGCUGCUUUGCUGCGCACCACCCGCCCGCCUGCCUCCGCUCCGGCACCACCCGCCUGCGCCGCUUUGCCGCUCGGCCGCUCGCGCAGCGCCCGCCUGCCUGCGCUCCGCCGCCGCCCAUCUGCACUGCUCUGCUGCGCGGCCUGCCCGCCUGCGCAGCUCUGCCACGCGGCCUGCCCGCCUCCGCACCGCUCUGCCACCUGCGCAGCUACGCUCCGCCGCCGCCUGCCUGCGCAGCGCUGCCGCUCGGCCUGCCCGCCGACGCACCGCCCGGCCCCUGCGCAGCGCUGCCGCUCGGCCAGCCCGCCUGCGCAGCACCGCCUGCGCGGCGCCGCCCGCGUGCACAGCACCGUCGCCCCAGGCCGCGCCUUGUUUAAUCCUACUACCCAAUCGCCGGUCAUGGCGUCUGCGGCGGCGGCCGCCGGAGAAGCUUCCACCUCGGAGCCUGCGGCGGCGAGGGAGAAGCCCAUCGUCGUCCGGGUCAAGCGCAAGCCCUCGCAAACCCGCCCGGACGCUUUCUGGCUAGAGAUUAAUGAAAGGCCAGCGAAGAAGGCAAUGCUCGAUUUCUCCAGCCUCUCCAUCUUCGAACCAUCCUCUUCCUCCUCCAGUGCUAAAGCUUCAGAGGAGCAACCACGGGUUAAGAAGCUUCUUGUUCAACACAUAGAAACAGUGCACCAUUCUCAAGCCGUUGAACAUGUUUUGCACUCUCUUUUGCUUGCUGACUCAAAUACCAAAGAGAUAAAGAGCAAGACGAAGGAGUGGAAUGACAGAAUCAAGCAAGACAAAAAACCAGACCAGCUACGGUCAGCAGCCAGGCAAAGGCAUGAGGAUCUGGGAAGAAAUGCCCGCUUUGCACAAAUAUGGAAGAGUCGGAAAGGAGAAAAGGAUGAAGCUGAUGAGUCACUGAGAGAAAUAUGCCAUCUUUAUGAUGCUGUCCAAGUAGAUCCAGAUGAAGAGAAGAAUCCUGCAGAACCACGGAUUACUUCUUUCGAAGAGGGUGCUGUUUUAUGCAACUUUCUUCCACUUAUACGGGAGUACUUGCCAUCAGCUGCUGUGGAAAUCGAGUCAGAUAUUAUUUCAUGGGCGCAAUCAGAAGAAGUUUAUGACAUCUACACUGUCAAGGAGGUGGAUGAUACAAACAUGGAGGAUAUGUCAGCAGCUUCAUAUCCACGGUUACAAGUGGAUGAUGACGAAGACUACCCGUACGACACAGAUGAUUCAAAUGCUGAAGACAAUCCACUUUUUGAUUAUCCUGAGGAAUUGUCAGAGGAUGAGGAUGAUGAUGAUGGUAGCAAUGAUGAGGAUCCUUUUGGAGACACGGAGGGUUCUGGCUCCGAGUACGAAAAGGAAGAAGUAGAGGUGGAAGGGGACGAGCAAUGGUGAUAUGAAAUUGCGGGGGAAAGGUGCAGUUGUAAAUGUAUGGAGGCUAGUGUGUGAGCUGAAUGUAAUGUGAGGAAGGGAUGAUUACUGAAUCUUUGUGUUUCUCAGUCUGGGAAAGGAAUGGACGUGCUCAGCACUGUGUAACACAUCACUUAGUAAACAUUGUAUCUCAGUGUGUGAUAAGGUGUUCCCUGCAUUAUCCAGAGGAGAAGAAUCUAGGAAUUCUUUGGAAUUUGAAAA